CUGGACCUCUUAUGGUGUUUUCUGUUGACGUGCUAUAAUGGGGAUGGAUCGGCGGCGGAGAGUAUCUCUCGCUCUCACCUUGAACUUCAUCGCGCUGACUCUCGCCAUAUCCGCACUGACCACUAGCUACUGGUGUGAGGGGAACCGAAAAGUUGUGAAACCCUUCUGCACCGGGCCGGCGACAGUAAAACAAACCCACUGCAUUCGAUAUAACAGCUCAAACAUCAAUGACAGUAGGUUGGUUCAGUACAUCUGGGAAACCGGAGAGGAUAAAUUUGUUCUGAGGAAGUUCCACACCGGAAUUUGGUUUUCGUGUGAGCAGAAUGUCGACCUUGUGGGUGAGAAAUGCAGAAGUUUCAUAAAUGUUGCCCCGCCCCAUGAGAGAGGUGUCUUAUGGCUAUGCAUUGUGACAGAGUGUCUCUACAUCUUACUUUUGGCCACUGGGGGAAUUCUCAUGUCCAUUGAGGUCUGCCAUUUUGGAAACGUCAUUGACGGACUCAAACUGAAUGCAUUUGCUGCCAUAUUCACAGUCUUGUCAGGUCUCCUUGGUAUGGUAGCACACAUGAUGUUCACCACAGCAUUUCAGCUGACCGUGAGUCUGGGCCCUGAAGACUGGAAACCACAAAACUGGGACUACAGCUGGUCUUAUAUCUUGGCUUGGAGCUCGUUCACUGCCUGCAUGGCCUCUUCUGUAACGACCAUAAACAGAUACACUAAGACUAUUCUGGAGUUCAAACACAAGCAAAAGAACAUUGAGAAGAAUCUGAAGAUCAAGCAGAAGUUGCUGGACCUGGACUCUCCAGACCAAGUGUGGGACAUGUACAUCAGCUCUGUGCCCAGUACAGCUGAGGAGUUUCUGGACCUGUCCAGUUCUGGGCGGAAGCUCUCCACCAAUUCUGUCUUUCUGGACAUUAAUGACCUGCCAUCUCCACAGGGAGAAGAGUACUGUUAAAGCCAAUACAAUGGACCAUCUCAUUAUACAGCAUACUGUAAACCUACUUUGCUUGGUACUUCUGUGUGUCCUCAAUAGACUGACACUGGCCUCACAUUAUGGGGCUUUUCCACAGCACGGUACAACUUGACUCGACUCUGCUCACUUUUUGGUGGUUUUCCCACUGUGGAUAGUACCUGGUACCUGGUACUUUUUUCAGUGCCUCCUCGGUCGAGUUUCCAAGUGAGCCGAGCGAUACUAAAUGUGAUGUCAAAACCUUGCAGAUCACUGAUUGGUCAGAGAGAAUCGUCACUACCAGCGUCACUGGAUUUGUGACACGGGACAUAAACCCGCUAGUUUUAAAGUAGCAGCUGCUAUAGUAGUAUAAUUUGUUCACGCGACUUUCGAAUUGUAGAGGGAGGGAGAGUGCCCUGGACUCAGCCACGGCUGAAGGAUGGUACGUUAACUAUAUACUCUGCUUGAAAGCUUCACUUUCUUUAGAUGACCAGCUACUGGAAAGCUUGCUUCUAAAACAACCAGACCAAUUUAACUGUUACACUUGUGUAAA